UCCCACGCAAUCAAAGCUGCUGAUUCUCGCCUUAAUGUACAAUACUUCUCGGAUCCUCCCCCUGAUUCUGAUCCUGUUUACGCCAGUGUCACCCAUCCUCUUCCAGCCGGAAAGCUACGUGAAGGUAUUCCGACGACUACAAAUCAGAUUCUGGGUAAUGUAGGUGGCUGCACUCGUCAAGCUCAUCGAUUAGAUGUGACCAAGGCGACCGCUAAUGGCUUUUCAUCUGACAUUGCUAGGACUGCAAGCAUUUCAGGUACGUUGGAAGAUUGCUGUCGCCUCUGA